AUGGCCGUACUUCAACAGCUGAACUUGCUGACCGCUCUCCCAGCAAUUGUUGUCAUUUAUUCUUUCUAUCGGGCUCUGUUAUCUAUACUGCAUAACCAACGAGCUCGGCGAAUGGGCUGUAAGCCCGCUUUCACCCGACCGUACAAGCUCCCGUUCGGUAUUGAUAUCUUGAAGCGUUAUAUUGAUGCAACGCGGGAUCAGAUCCUCCAGAAUGAUGAGUUGGUACUCUAUCAGGAGCUAGGUCUACGCCCAACAUGGAAUGAGAAUAUCCUGGGUAGUUGGCAUCACGUCACGGCGGACCCGAAGAAUGUGCAAGCCAUGCUUGCAACACAGUUCAAGGACUUUGAGCUUGGCCCUACGCGGCGUAACUUGUUCGGACCUGUUAUUGGAAAAGGUAUCUUCACCACGGACGGAAAAGAGUGGCAACAUUCUCGCGCCCUCCUUCGUCCACAAUUUGCUCGCGGACAAAUCGCCGAUUUAGGGCUUGCGGAACGCCAUGUCCAACAUCUUUUGGAUAGACUCCCAGUUCAGUCCGAUUCUUGGACAGACACUAUCGAUUUAUCACCCUUGUUUUUCAACCUUACUCUCGACUCUGCCACCGAGUUUCUCUUUGGACACAGUGUCAAUUCUCAGAUCCUUUCAUCAAAAUCAAACGAAGGUCUUGAUCCUGGGACGGUUACACCAGAUUCAAUGCCCAAUGGUUUGUCCUUUGGAAAAUCCUUUGAUCGAGCAAAUGAGGUAGUUAUAUUACGAAGUUAUUUGAUGGAUCUCUACUUUCUCUACUGCCCUGCCAAUUUUCGAGAAGACUGCGCGAAAAUUCAGGAAUUUGCCCGGUAUUAUGUCGACCUCGCACUCGCAGGGGAACUUCAGCCAGGGGCGAAAGAAAACAUUCCAGGGAAUCCCAAUGAAACUGGUUACGUAUUUCUCCAGGAACUCGUCAAGGAGACAAAAGACCCCGAAAUGCUUCGGAGCCAGCUUCUUAACAUCCUGUUGGCAGGGAGAGACACAACUGCAGGCCUUCUAGGAUGGACUUUCUAUCUACUAUCUCGACAUCCUGAGGUCUACCGAAAGUUGCGUGCCGUUGUGAUUGAAACAUUUGGAGAGUUCUCCAAUAACACUGCCAUCACUUUUGAGUCCCUCAAAUCCUGUUCCUAUCUGCAGCAUGUUCUAUCUGAAGUUUUGCGACUGCAUCCAGUCGUACCGGAGAAUAGUCGCCGCGCGGUUCGAAACACUACCCUCCCUCGAGGAGGAGGUGAAGAUGGAAAAUCGCCAAUCUAUAUCCGCGCCGGAGAGGAGGUAACAUACAAUGUGCACAUCAUGCACCGCCGUGAGGAUAUCUGGGGCAAUGACGCCAAUGAAUUUCGGCCGGAAAGGUGGACCGGACGCAGACCGGGAUGGGAAUUUAUACCAUUUAAUGGCGGACCAAGAAUUUGCCUGGGACAGCAGUUUGCUCUGACAGAAGCUGGUUAUGUCGUUGUGCGGCUGCUUCAGCGUUUCGACAGAGUGGAAAAUAUGGACAAGUCGACUGUUGUCAAACAUAAAUAUACGUCGACCACUGCUCCUGUUCAGGCUCUCUUGCGAUUGCACAGUGCAUCUCAAUAG